AUGGUCGACUACAGUAAAUGGAAGGAUAUAGAAAUAUCUGAUGAUGAAGACGAGACCCACCCUAACAUCGAUACACCCUCGCUGUUUAGAUGGCGGCACCAAGCACGAGUCGAGCGUAUGGAAGAGCGACGCAAAGAGAGAGACGAACAUAUUCAAAAGAAGACCGAAAACUUGCGGAUGCUAAACGAAACAAAAAAGAAAAUCAGUGAAGCUAGUCCCGACAGUCCUGAUCUUGAAUCUUUGAAGAAGGCUUUAGCUGAUCUCGAAAAAGAAGAAAAGAGGUUGCAACAAAAAGAUGAUGAAAUCAAGAAAAAGGAACGGCAGACUCCUUGGAAUGUGGACACAAUCAGUGAGCCUGGGUUUACUAAAACUGUCAUCAACACCAAGCCCACCAGGCCUAAAGACGAGAACUUGACUGAAGAGGAAAAGGAGGCCAAGAUGAAGAAGUUUAUCAAAGAAAAUGAGAAGCUUCUAAAACAGUUCGGUAUGUUGCGGCGCUACGACGACUCAAGACAAUUCCUACAGGAGCACAGCCAGCUAGUGUGCGAGGAGACUGCCAACUAUUUGGUUAUCUGGUGCAUUAACUUAGAAAUGGAAGAGAAACAUGAUUUGAUGGCCCAUGUUGCUCACCAAACCAUCUGCAUGCAGUACAUAUUGGAGUUGUCAAAGCAAUUGGAUGUGGACCCCAGGGCCUGUGUCAGCUCAUUCUUCUCAAAGAUCCAAAUUGCUGAAAAGACAUACAAAGACUCAUUUGAUGAUGAACUCGAGCAGUUCAAAGCGAGGAUCAAGAAGCGUGCUGCGGAGAAGAUUAGUGAAGCCAUCAGAGAGCAAGAGGAGGAGGAACGCAAAGCCAGGUUAGGACCUGGAGGGCUGGACCCUGUUGAAGUGUAUGAAGAGUUACCUGAUGAAUUAAAGAAAUGCUUCGAUGCCCAAGAUGUGCCAUUGCUCCAAGCAACAAUUGCUAAAAUGCCAGAGCAAGAAGCCAUAUACUACAUGAAGAGGUGUGUGGAUGCUGGACUCUGGGUGCCUGGCAAGACAAGUGAUGAUGAGCCAACCAUGAAGGAAAAUACUCCAAGUUCUUCACAAGCUGCUGCUGAAGCUCCCACCACCUCAGACAGCACAGACGAUGUGGACUGA